UCAAAGCCCAGAGCCCACUAAUAGUCGGCGAAGUUAAAUUCCGGAUUUCAAGUCCACGACUUGACCAGCCAACCACCCACACCCGCCAUGAACAGCCUGGUGCGCCGCAGUGCCCGGCAGGUGAGCCACUGGCGCUCGUAUUGCAUAAAACAAGGCGCCCCAGAGACGGCGUCUCCAGGCAGGCCCAACUACGAGGAGUUCAUUGGCCGCCACCAGCGGCAGGCCCGCUGCAGCAUUGUGGUCCAGGUGAGCUCCGAGAAGUCGUACCCGGAGUUGUAUAACUACUGCAGCCGCUUCGGCGCGAUCCUCGGUGCCCACCACUACUGCGUGCGCCAGGACGAGGCCCUGCACUACGUGCUUCUGGAAUUCGCUACGCCGGACGAGGCGGCAGCGGCCAUCGGAGCGGGCGUCACCAAUGGCGAGCUGAGCGGCGUGCCCGUGCGAUCGCCGUUCCUUUGGUUCCGAGCAGCGGGAGGCGGCCGGCGGAGCCCCAAGUUGACACAGGCUAAUCCAACGCCCCAGCUGCUCUCUGUCGACGGUAACAGGCAGAUGGAGCAGUCCCAGCUGCUGGGGCUGCUGCGCGAAGCCGGCGACAUCGAGGAGCAGGUGCUGCUGCUGCACAAGCACACGCGCCUGAACGAGUUGGGCGUCCGCAUGCGCUUCCUGGCCGCCCUGCAGGUGCAGCAGGCCAUCGCCGGCAUGUUCCCGGACGCCCAGGCUCAGCCCUUCGGCUCCUCGGUCAACGGAUUCGGUCGCAUGGGCUGCGAUCUGGACCUUAUCCUGCGCUUCGACAACGAUAUGGGUGCCAAGUGCUCACAGGAUGUGGCGGAUCCCUCGCGGCUGGUCUACCACACCAAGGAGAACCUGAGCAACGGCCGCUCGCAGACGCAGCGGCACAUGGAGUGCUUCGGCGACAUGCUGCACCUGUUCCUGCCCGGCGUGUGCCAUGUUCGGCGCAUCCUGCAGGCCAGGGUACCGAUCAUCAAGUACCACCACGAGCACCUCGACCUGGAAGUGGACCUGUCCAUGAGCAACCUCACUGGCUUCUACAUGUCGGAACUGCUCUACAUGUUCGGCGAAAUGGAUCCGCGCGUCCGCCCGCUGACCUUCAGCAUCCGGCGCUGGGCGCAGACCUGCGGCCUCACGAAUCCCUCGCCUGGUCGCUGGAUCAGCAACUUUUCGCUCACCUGCCUGGUGAUGUUCUUCCUGCAGCAGCUGCGCCAGCCCAUCCUGCCCACCAUUGGAGCGCUGGCCAAGGCGGCGGAAGCUGGGGACUCCCGCGUCACCGAGGACGGCAUCAACUGCACCUUCGCCCGGGAUGUGGAGCGCCUGGGCUUCCGGAGUCGCAACCAGAGCUCGCUGAGCGAACUGUUACUGCAGUUCUUCGAGUUCUACUCGCAGUUCGACUUCCACAACCGUGCCAUCUCGCUGAACGAGGGCAGGCCGCUGUCCAAGCCGGACCACUCGGCCAUGUACAUUGUGAAUCCGCUGGAGCAGCUGCUCAAUGUGAGCAAGAACGUCAGUCUGGAGGAGUGCGAGCGGCUGCGCAUCGAGGUGCGGAAUGCGGCCUGGGUGCUGGAGUCUGAGGUGGAGAACGCCUCGCAGCCAGAGGGCGAGGGCCAGGAGCGCCAGGAGAUGUCGUGGGGCCUGCUCAACCUGUUCAAGCACCCCGAGAAGGCCGUCAUCCGCCCGAAUAUGUUCUUCAAGCCGCGCAUGGUCGAGGUCAGCGACCUCUUCGAGCAGAAGGAGGCGACGGGCUCUAAUCCUCCCACGCCAGCCGUCACCUACAAGAGCGUCUCGGUGCGCCAGCAGGUGCAGAGCAUCAAGGCGGCCACGCGCUCCGAACUGAAGCAGCUGCGCGGAUCAGCAAGCUCCGCCGCCACAAACAGUCCUAAAAACCGGCGGAGCAGCAGGUGAUGCCACUGAUACCGCUGGCACCAGCCAUGUGUACAUACCUAGGACUAGCCACAACUCCAGAAGUGGGUCAAGCUUAAGGUUAAGGCAGCCGCAGUUGGCUAAACUAAAUGUUGUUCACACUGUUAAACCUCCUCCUAAGUAGGCUUAAGUCCGGGAUCGAGCCAAUGUUGAGUAUUCAAAUCGAUUUUUUAUGACGCACGAGACCAAAAUUGUGAGGCCAGUACGAGGCAGAAUCCUAGUUUCAUUCUGUGUAUCCUUAAGAGAUAUUUUCCUAGUUAUAGUAGUUAUAAAACUGUUUUUUAUAAUAUAAUAAACCAUAAAACACUA